GUCUUCGGAAACCAGGAUUCGACCUCUUAUCGUGGCCAUACCCGGCCUUUCGCCUUCCCUCAAUUAGGAUAUCCCCGCACAGUAAUCGAUGGUUACUUGCCGUGUCGCCUGGCCGACUGCUCUCGGUGCGCAGCGUCGCCUGAGUUCAUUCCAGUUCAUUACGACUGUCUCGAGAUCUUCAGACAGCGAUGUUCAGCCCCAGAUGCCCUGCGCCGCCUUUGGGUCCUGGCCGCUUGGAGAAGCCCCUGGCGCCGAGCCCGACCUGUCCAUUUUUCCUGUCCGAUGGUCGGCAAGCCCACCUUGAGCAUGAUAUCCCAGUUUUGCGGCUUGCCGCUCCUGCACACGUUACCGCAGGAGCUGCUCGAGAUCAUCCGCAGUCACUCUCAGCAUUCGCUACUGUGGAGAUGUAUUCCAGUGCUGAAGUUAGCUCGCCAUACCUCAGCUACAGCUCCCGAGCCUCUCAUCACGCUUCCGUUCCACGAGCUUCACUCCUGGGAGCGCAAUGGAAGGCUCCAACGUGUCACGACAUCCCAAUCUCCCUUACCGAUACUGAGAUUCACCGUUGACUCGGGCGGUAUCAGCAAAGUCGAACGCCUUCCUGACCGACCGCAGUACCAAGGGGAGUGUACAACUCGAUCCGCCUUCAUCGUCGAACAAGACGAUCCCGACUCUAAAGUUCUAGCACAACUCCAGGACGGACGCUUGCGUCUUGUGUUCUUGGACCGGCCAUCUUUCCAACUGUGGAACACUCCUGCGCCACCGAGUUUCACUCUUUGCAGAGCGUGCCCUGCCGAGAUCGCCCGCUGUCAAACCUUCUAUGCCGUUGAAAUGGACGAGAUAGAUGGCAUUACGUUUUUUUUCUCCCUCAGCCGCUUGUGCGGCCUCCACAUCCAUCAUCGCGGCGAAUCCUGCGCUCUCGACUCUUGUACUCGGGCUUUCUCCAACCAACAACGGCGAGGCGUUGUCUGGAUCUAUCUGCCGGUCUCGAAGCGAGACUCCCCCCUUCUUCUAGGAGUCCGAGAAGAAGUACAAAUUACCCGGAUCCAAAGCAUUGUCGUCAGGACCAAGCUUGUCGGCGAUGUCUUUGUUGGGAUGCAAUGCACAGGCGCUGUUCAAGACUAUAGCCUUGGCAGCUCGGCCCCUUUGACGAUGAUUUACGGGGAACCGAAGCAACCAUACCCGGUUUAUUUUUUCGGCGCAUUCUGCAGGGUACCUGAUAAAGGUCCCACCAAGCCGUUUUGCCUGCCAAGCCCCCAUGGCAGCCCGAUGGGCGCUACUAUGGCAUACUUCUCGUGGGCCCCGCUGAGCGACGUCUCCUCGACACUAGUCUUUUACGACGAGAGCAACGGGGCUUGCAAAGGCAUUCUCCUCCACUACCGGAACGGGGGUGCCCGAGCCGUAGGCCAGUGCCGCCUCCAAGUGGACCCGACAGAGAAAGUCGCCCAGCCAGUCCGCGUUUGCAUCCGGGUAGACUCGUGUUCACGCCCCAACCGGGAGGACCUUCACAUAGCGCGUGUGAGGUUCGAACAAACUCCUCAAGGUCGUACGACAGUGGUCGACGAAGGAUGGGAAUCUCACCAGAUGGCGGGGAUCAUCAAAUUCUGGUUCACCUCAGAAUCGUGCUUCAUAGUUGUCGAGGAUUGA